GUUAGAACAGGGGAGCUUUAAGGCUAGCGUUAAACCGCACAAAAAUCAACACAAAACAUCACCCAAAAUGGCCGGACUUAGUGUUGAUGACGUUAAGGUUUCGCUCCAGAAGUUUGGCCUGUACGAUUACGUGGUGUUUGUGCUGAUGCUGAUGAGUUGUGCCAUGAUUGGAAUAUAUUUCGGAUUUCUUAAGAAGAAAGCGAAAAAAGGUGAAGCUGAAGCUGACUAUCUGGUGGGAAAUCGGCAGAUGAAAAUUAUUCCUGUUUCAUUGUCAUUGAUUGCGAGUUUCAUCUCCGGCAUAUCACUGCUCGGCACGCCGACCGAGAUUUAUUUGUAUGGCGUGCAGUACAUGUACAUCGUUGGUGGAGUGAUUACGAUGGGAUUCAUCAUGAUGUACUUCUAUCUGCCUGUUUUCCACAACCUCAAGCUUACGUCUACCUAUCAAUACCUUCAAACCCGGUUCGAUCGACGAAUGCGUCUCUUCGGGUCAAUUCUUUUUACCUUGGCAACGAUGGCGUGGCUUCCAAUAGUGAUCUACGUUCCAGCGCUCGCUUUUAACCAGGUAACGGGCAUUAAUGUACAUCUCAUCACACCCAUCGUGUGUGUCAUCUGUAUCUUCUACACCUGUGUCGGAGGCCUGAAAGCCGUCGUGUGGACCGAUGUCAUCCAGACGGUGCUCAUGUUCGGCGCAAUGGUUCUCAUUAUUGUCAAGGGAACACUGGACGUUGGAGGCCUAUCGGUGGUGAUGGAUCGCGCGAGGGCUAGUGGACGGAUCGAGGGUCCCGAUUUUCGCUUUGACAUGACCACACGGCACAACAUCUAUUCCUGCGUGAUUGGCGGUGUCAUAUACUGGCUCAAAACAAAUGCCGUCAGUCAGAACAUGAUACAGCGAUAUCUUUCCCUACCAACAUUGGCUGCUGCCAAGAAAGCACUGUGGACAUUUAUCUUCGGCACGUUGGUACUGUUGGCACUGUGCUGCUACAGUGGAUUGCUUAUCUACGCCAAAUACUACGACUGUGAUCCUCUCACUACCAAACUUGCCAAUGCAAAGGAUCAGCUACUGCCACUGUUAGUAAUGGACACGUUAGGAGACUUCCCAGGACUUCCUGGGCUGUUUGUCGCUGGAGUGUUUUCCGCCGCCUUGAGCUCACUUUCCACAGGCUUAAACUCCAUGUCCGCUGUGGUACUGGAGGAUUUCUUUAAACCUUUCUCAAACCGUCCUCUUUCCGAGAAACAAACUUCCAUUAUCAUGCGAGCUGUAGUAGCCGUUUUUGGUGCAAUCUGUGUCGCCUUGGUACUGGUAGUGGAGAAGCUUGGCUCUGUUCUUCAACUCUCCAUGAGCCUUGGUAGUGUAAGCAAUGGUCCACUAUUAGGAAUAUUCACACUAGGCGUGCUGAUUCCGUGGGCUAAUGGAACGGGAGCUAUAGUAGGAGGAUCGGUAGGACUUGCCAUAAUGAUUUGGGUUUGCCUCAAAGCUCAGCUUGCCAUUGCCACUGGAGAACUUGCAUUCGAGCUAAAGCCCGUCGACACCCGAGGUUGCAGUUAUCAUUUUAUUGCAACAGAACCAAUGAGCAUGCUUGCUAUUAAUACCACAAGCCUACCAACCGUUUUAACUCCAGCUGAACCUGAGUUUGCACUCUAUCACAUAUCCUACCUGUGGUACACGACCAUGGGAGCACUGAUCACGAUCAUCAUCGCCGUCAUUGUAUCGUUUAUCGUUGGUCCAAACAAACCGGAUGAGAUGAAUCCCAACCUUUUCUCGCCCUUCAUCCAACGCAUCCUGAUAAGGCGCCGGAUAGCAGCACACACCCAGCUCGAAAUGGCAACCGGUGGCAUCAAAGAGAUUAUCCAAUGAUUGAUUCACCAUGAUUGCCAUGCCAAACGUCCGACCCGACAAAUGGCGAUGAAUUUUUCAUCUUUUCACUCUAGCUUAAAAUUGAAAUUAAAGAACUUUCCAAACACAACAACUCUUUC